AUGUCUGAUAUGAAGUGUCCGUCGUGGAUGUCGCAGGAAGACUUUUUGCGUUGUCGCACAGACCCAUACCGUGCCCUUGAUGCAGGGCAACGAUACGUCAAUGCCAUCCGAAAGAAUAUCCUAGAAUUAGAGGCGUCAAACAAAGCGUUGGAGGCACACCCAGUUGUGCGACUCGCCCAGUCAAAAGAUAAUUUUGAAAAGCUACGGUCGGAGCACUUAAUACUUGGUGAUACAUACCACAACCAGCUGCAACAGCGCAACGCACUUCUCAAUGUUGCUGAGGCUCUUCGUGGGGAGAAGCGUGGGCUACUUAUGGAUAUCAAUGCCGCACGUCGAGGUGUGAUGCUGCGUCGAGUUGAGUAUGAUGCAGCAGAAGCAGAGUACAGGCGACUUGAGGGACAGCAAAAGGUACGUGCAGCACAAGUAGCGGUACAGGAGUCUCAGAUAGCGUCUCUAACUGAUCUGGAGCGAGAGUGUGAUGAACGUCUUGCCGCGGUGCGUGCAGAAUUUAGUACAUUAACAUCUACUCUCGAGAACGUAUCACUACAGACACGCUCGUUGUCAAGUCUUCGUAAGCACCUUGAAACGACUCAUGCAGAGCAGAAACUUGCGGCAGAGGCACUUGAAAAAAAUGUAGCGGAGCGAGAAGCGUUGCUACAGUCAGCAGUAAUCGAGUUGUGGGACUACAAAACGGAAAUGUCAACGCGUGUGGUGUCAUUGCAGCGUCUGGCAGAGAAUCGCCAGGACGAACUGAAACGUAUGCGACGACUCAGUGAGCAUGAGAUGGACACGCUGGCGGCACAAAACAAAUCGCUUGGGGAUGAGCUGAAAACGACAGCUGAAGCACUUAUGCAUGUCCGCAAUGAGUCGAAGAUGUUUACAAACACGACAAGGGAAAAAAUUGCUCUUCUGAAGUUAGAUGCACAGAGGUACACAGGUAUUGUGGAACUUGUGGAAGAACAGAAUGUAGGACUGCGUGACGCGAUUCAUCGUGCCCAGGAACAACUACGACAGACCACUGCCCAUACCAGCGAGAAAGAUAAUAUCAAUAACAAGAACCUGAUAGAGCAAGCAAAUUUUAUCAGUAAAGUACACAUGGAGCUUCAGUGCACGCUAGAAGAUCUGCGAAUUGUUGAGGCACAGCUUUGUACCGACUGCCGUCAGCAGCUAAUUGGGGAAUCUGAACCGAUGCAGGAUCGCGAGGAAAAUAAAAAGAAUAUAUCUUUGGAACAUAUUGGUGAUCGUUUCUCUGUGAUUCCACCCUUCUCACCUAAUGACGUUAAGAAAGACAUCCUUCUCGAUGCCAGUUCUGUGUGUGGUGUUGUUGCAUUACCCAAAGCAGAAGAAGAAGAAGAAGAGCUGUCCCGUUUACGAGAUGCAUUGGAUGCACUGAAUCGUCAGCUACUCCAGGAACGCGCUACGCGUGAAGGUGAGCGUCAGUUAGAAGAUGAACGCCGGACGAAUCGUGAUGCCAUUGAAGAGUCAACACGACGUGCCGAUGCGGAGCGGCUGCGGCUUGAGAGACAGGACGCUACAAAGAAAGAUGCUGGUGAAGUUGUUCUAACCUACACGGUGCAGUUCGUUGAUGGAAGCCAAAAGCGUGUGGACGCAUUUCCAAGCGACACCGUGGAUGCUCUUAUUUCGCGUGUGGCUCUUCGUGCUGGCAUUCUGAAAUACGACCGCUUUCACCUUGCCCAACUCGUUGAGGAGGGUGGCAUCGUUGGAACGGUGUACCGCCACCUGCAACGCGACUCAACACUGCUGGCGGAAGGAGUUACACCGCAGACGGUUCUUCUUCUUCGCAUAAAACACUACAAGAGACCACUGCUCUGGGAUGACCCCGUUGUACAAGAGUGGUUCUUUCGCCAGUUGCAGCAGCAUGUGGUGUGUGAGUAUUAUCCGGUGGGCGAAGCAGUUGCGGUGCGGCUCGCUUCUUACGAAUUACAAGCCGUAUUCGGUGAUUACACGGCUCAGAAGGCGUUGCUUUACUUUGACCAGGUGGGACUUGAGGCAUACCUUCCGAUGUCUGUAUCGGCACACACAUACGACUACUGGCAGCAACGACUGGCUGCCAACCACAGGUAUCGUUCUGGGUUGACAGCCAGUCAGGCUCGGACGGGUUACAUUGACGUUCUUAGCACAACACCAUGGUGGGGUUUCACCUUCUUUGAUGUUCGGGACCGUGACAACCGCCCGUUUCUCGCAGGUGUAGCGGAGGAUGGCUUGUACAUCUUCAGCACGACAAAGCAGGAAUGCCUUGAUGAGAUUAGCUUUACCGAUCUUCUGGGUUGGGAGAAAUGUCACACUGGCGUUGUUGUGAGGCGCCGUGGGUCCAGUAAGAUGACGUUAUACGGUACGAGCCAGCUGCAGGCCAAGGAGAUGGUCGACCUGCUUAAUGAGUACUACAUGUUACUUCCACAAAACGCACGCGAUGAAUUGUGUAUAGACAUUAUGAACAUGGAAGUUGUACGCACUACUGUUGGCAACCCGACGUUAUUUGAGUUUCCUGUGGUGCAUCGCCCUCUCCCUCUGCUCUACGAGUCACGCGUGGAAUUUUUGAAGGCAGCGUACAUGUCGUUCUGCACAGAACUCGACGAGUUUGGACGUCAGCGUGCGCCGAUACCUGCGCUGCUCCAGGCGAUGGACCAUGCUGUGGAUAACAACACCACACUUCACACACUAGACCUAUCAGGGUGCGACCCACCACUGGACGACUCUCACUUUUCUGCACUCGCCGAUAUUUUUCACUAUGCGAUGCUCGAAUAUGAACCCUCCUACAGGGAUGAUAGGUGGAGUGAAAACGUUACCAUUACGACGCUACUGCUUUCGCAGCCUUCAGCGAUGCGUCAGCUUUUGACCGCACUGUCUGUUCCUAAGAUUUCUAGUUUCGCUGCAGCGCUUCCCUCCCUGCAGACGCUAGAUAUCUCCUAUGUCUCUAUUGACAACGCAGCAGAACAUCUUGGCCGUGCUCUCUGUAGUGGCGCGAAGCAACUGCAGAGGCUUGUGCUGACAGGCUGCCGCAUUGGAGCACGAGCACUGCAGUCUCUCUUGCUUCUGUUUGACUGCCAACAUCCGAGUGCACUGGAACACCUAAUACUAGAAGACAAUUUUUUGACGCACGCUGCUCUUCACCCUCUCUGCGAGGUGAUCAUGAGCGGUCGCACCGUGUUAGUGGAGCUUAACGUGGCCUUCAACCGCAUAGAGCCCUCCGGUAUUGAGGCCCUUGUGAAGGCUGUACGCGUGGCACCGCGGCUGCAUGUCCUUGAUGUCUCUGGAAAUCCGGGGCUGCAUCCGCCAUCGACGCGGGCGUAUGCUCUGGUUGCGAGGGAUACUGGUAUUACUCGACUCUCCUUGCGCUCGUGCAAUUUGCAAUUCCCGCAGUUCGAUCUACUGGACACGGAGCUGGCGUCCAACAGCGACAUAACUGAGCUGGACCUUUCGCUCAACCCCAUAGGCAAAGGUGUGGAUAUAUUGGCAGCAAAGGAGAUGUUUCGCUUCCUCCGUGGUUUCGGCUCAGUGAACCACGUGGAGGAACUGCGCAUGAACGAGUGCAGCCUCUCUGAGGGUGAAGUGAGUGAUGCAUUGGGAGCCGCUCUUGGGGUCAACCGCACGCUUAGGCGUGUGGAGCUUCGUGGCAAUGGUCUGGCAUGCAAAACAGGUUUUCUUUCUCCACUGUUUAGUGAUGCGGCUGGCACCCACCCCGCGCUAUGCGUGUUAGACUUAUGUGAAAACAACAUCUCAUAUGCUGGGUGUAUGCAGCUUUUUGCUUCUCUUGUGCGAAGUUCGUCUCUGCGUGAGCUACAUAUGAGUGGAAACAACAUGGGCGUUACGACAGAACCGGCGAGCUACGCUGAGCUAGUGGCCCUCUUGGAGAACAGCGCCUCGCUUCAGGUAAUCUCCCUUAGUAACACCGGGCUGCGUGAUGAGGCGCUGCAGCAGCUGGGUGAAGGUCUCUCUCGUAACACUUCAGUGCACUCCCUCACAGCAAGUGGUAAUGUAUUUACGCCACUUGGUAUUGCUGGAUUUGCACGCCUUAUCCAGUACAACACAGCGCUGAAGACACUGGACCUGUCGACUGAGGCACUUCGCGAAGAUGAAGCAGUUUACGUAGACACACUCCGCCUACUAUCGAGUGCAGGCAAACUGGAUGAAGUACUGCUGUAG